AUGUCCACAACGAAUGGAGCAUUGGGCGUCACACCGCCCAUAUCGACGAGCGAGUCUAACGACAGAGAAAAAGAAGUAACAACUACGCUCAUGGAGGAACUGAGGAGGCAGGGAACCUUUGAGACCGAGGAGGAGGCUAAAACGAGAGAAAUUGUGCUUGGCCGUCUCGCAGCCGUGGUGAAGAAAUUUGUUCGGCGGGUCUCGCUCGCAAACGGGAUGUCAGAGGCCGCUGCCAAUGCCGCCGGAGGAAAGAUAUUCACCUUCGGUUCGUAUCGACUAGGCGUUCAUGGCCCCGGGUCGGAUAUCGACACACUUUGCGUCGUACCCAAACACGUCACUCGAGAAGACUUCUUCGACGUAUUAGAGGAGAUGCUCAAAGAGACUGAAGGUGUAACUGAAGUUUCGGGUGUUCCCGAGGCCUAUGUCCCCAUUAUUAAAACCAAGAUUAAUGGCAUUCCCAUCGAUCUGACCAUGGCUCGUCUAGCCCUGUCGUCAAUACCUGACGAUCUCUCCUUACAAGACGAUAAUCUGUUGCGAAAUCUAGACGAGCGAUGUGUUAGAAGUCUCAAUGGUUCCCGUGUCACUGAUGAGAUUUUGCGGCUGGUGCCGAACGUCACUGUAUUUCGAGAUUCAUUACGUUGUAUUAAACUCUGGGCACAACGGAGAGCCAUUUACUCUAAUGUGAAUGGAUUCUUGGGUGGUGUUGCUUGGGCUAUGUUGGUUGCUCGUAUAUGUCAGCUGUACCCCAAUGCAAUCGCAGGAGCGAUUGUCAGUCGAUUUUUUAUCAUCAUGUAUCAAUGGUCUUGGCCGCAGCCUGUGCUUCUAAAGCAAAUAGAAGAAGGUCCUUUGCCCGUCCGAGUAUGGAAUCCGAAGCUAUACCCUGCGGAUAGGGCGCAUCGCAUGCCAAUUAUUACACCUGCUUAUCCAUCAAUGUGUGCCACUCACAAUGUCACAGCGUCAACGCAGAUGAUCAUGACAGAGGAAUUUAAGAAAGGUUCCGAGAUUGUCGAUAAGGUGAUCGUAGGAACGGCGGAGUGGUCCGAGUUGUUUGCAAAACAUGAUUUCUUCCAUAAACACCGGUAUUAUCUUCAAGUCAUUGCUUCGACAGGAAACUCGGACUUGCAAAUCAAGUGGUCAGGUACUGUGGAAUCACGAAUACGACAGCUAGUGAUGAAGCUGGAGUAUGUUGAAUCACUCAUCUUGGCACAUCCAUUCAUCAAAGGUUUCGAGCAAGUCUCUCACUGCAUAUCGAGCGAAGAAGUCCGAGCGGUAGCCCAAGGCGAAGUCUCUGAAGCGGUGUCAAAACGCAGAAAGGAAGAUAUUGAAGGCAAAGAAGGCGCAAGUACCGUUUAUUCUACUACGUUCUACAUUGGUCUUUUGAUUGAGCCGAAGCUACCUGGCUCAAGUGGCCCCCGCAAGUUGGACAUUUCCUAUCCCACAACAGAGUUCACAAAGCUGGUCAAGAUGUGGGAGAAAUACGACGAGGCCAAGAUGGGAAUCAUAGUUCGACAUAUAAAAAGCACUGCAUUACCGGAUUAUGUCUAUGAUGAAGGCGAACGACAGCCCCGAUCGGCACAAAAAAGAGUGAAGUCCGGAAAGGGCUCGGAUAAGUCAAACGGCACUUCCCCUGACAUGCCGAACAAGAAGCGACGCGCGUCAAAUUCACUGUCCGAGUCAACUUCCACAAUGCCCCUCCCGAUGCAACCGUUCAAGAAAGCAGCCGUUUCAUCCCCUACGGGCGCCAUUGUUGCCGCUACCGAUACAUCAAGUAAUGGAAUCUAUAGCUCAAGUAUCAAGGAUCCAUCCCAUAUCAAGUCGCCACAUCUGCCACUUGGUGAAAACGUUGCAGUUGCCACCAGCGUGGCACCAGUGGCACCAUAG